AUGAUUACAGCCCCCGCGCUUUCUGCCCUAAGAAGUAGUCCGCGCGGAGGCGGAGGAGGAGGCGGAGGCGGAGGAGGCGCGGCAGAGCUCGGAGGAGGCGCGGAGCUCCCGUGGCAAAGCGGAGUCGCUGGGAUCCUUCCUGGCGGCGGCGGCGGCGGCAUCGGCGGCAAAGCUUUCCUCCACGCCAUCCCCCCGUCGGACCCCCUGCGCCAGGCCAACCGCCUGCCCAUCAGAGUCCUGAAAAUGCUCACCGCCCGGACCGGACACAUUUUGCACCCCGAGUAUCUCCAGCCGCUGCCUUCCACGCCGGUCAGCCCCAUCGAGCUGGACGCCAAGAAGAGCCCGCUGGCCCUCCUGGCUCAGACCUGCUCCCAGAUCGGCAAGCCGGACCCCUCGCCCUCCUCCAAGCUCUCCAGCGUCACCUCCGGCGGCGGCGGCGACAAGGAGGCGGCCAAAGCGGCGCCCUUGAAGCUCAGCGACAUCGGCGCCGAGGACAAGUCCAGCUUCAAGCCCUACGCCAAGCCCGGCGCGGACAAGAAGGACGCCUCGGCCGGUGGAGGGGCCUCCUCCUCCUCCUCCUCCUCCUCCGGGGGGAGCUCGGGCGGCGGCAGCGGCGGCAGCGGCGAGAAGUCGGGCUUCCGAGUGCCGAGCGCCACCUGCCCGCCGUUCACGCCCAGGACAGGCAGCCCCAGCUCCAGCGCCUCGGCCUGCUCGCCCGGCCUGCUGCCCGGCGGAGAGAGCAAGGGCGGCGGCGAGGCCGAGAAGAAGGAGGCGGCGGAGGGCGGCAAGGGCGCUUCCGACGGCUCCGGCCGCCUGGCUGCCGUCGGCGGGGUCGGGGCCCUCUCGGCGGCCGAGCUGAGCCAGGCCCACGAGGGCGCCAAGGGGCUGCUGGCCGGCGUCGCUUCGGCCGUCUCCUGCUCGACGGCCGACUCUCCCUGCAGCGCCGUCCCGUCCUCGGUGGCCGCCGCCGCCGCCGCCGCCGCUUCGGUGCUGGGCUCGGCCGGCCUGGUGGCGCCCGUCUCCCCCUACAAGCCGGGCCAGACCGUCUUCCCGCUCCCGCCGGCCGGCAUGAGCUACCCGGGCUCGCUGGCCGGCGCCUACGCGGGCUACCCGCCGCAGUUCCUGCAGCCGGGCGUGGCGCUGGACCCCGGCAAGGCCGGCGGCGCGGGGGGCGGCGGGGGCGGCAAGGCGGCGGGCUCCAGCCCCCUGGCCGGCGCCUCGCCCCCGUCGGUCAUGACGGCCAGCCUGUGCCGCGACCCCUACUGCCUCAGCUACCACUGCGCCACCAGCCACCUGGCCGCCGCCUCCCCCUGCGCCCACGAGCAGGCGCUGAAGGCCGGGGGGUACCCGCUGGUCUACUCGGCGCCGCCGCUGCCCGCCGGGCCGCCCUCGCUGGCCGGCCACCCGCUCUACCCCUACGGCUUCCUGCUGCCCAACGACCCCCAGCCGCACAGCUGCAACUGGGUCUCGGCCAACGGGCCCUGCGACAAGCGCUUCGCCACCUCGGAGGAGCUGCUCAGCCACCUGCGGACUCACACGGCCUUCCCCGGCCCGGCCGAGAAACUGCUCGCCGGCUACCCCAGCUCCAGCUCGCUGGCCGCCGCCGCCGCCGCCGCCGCCAUGGCCUGCCACAUGCACGUGCCCAGCUCGGCGGCGGCGGCCGGAGGGCCGGGCAGCCCCGGCGCGCUGGCCUUGCGCAGCCCGCACCACGCCUUCGGACUCGGCAGCCGCUACCACCCCUACUCCAAGAGCCCCCUGCCCACCCCCGGAGCCCCCGUCCCGGUCCCGGCCGCCACUGGACCCUAUUACUCCCCUUACGCACUCUAUGGGCAGAGACUGACGACAGCCUCGGCGCUGGGAUACCAGUGA